AUGUCUACCGGAGACCCUGGGUCCCCACUGCCGGCACCGCCACCACCGGUAUCCGCCACCAGCGUCCAGCCCCCCCGCGACCGGAUCCCGAUAAGCUCGAAGAAGACGCAAGUCACGGGCCCCGCCACCGCCGCACCCAACUAUGCUGCCGCUGCGAGUCAGAUGGCGGCUCAAACACCUGAACAACAGCAACAACAACAACAGCGUGCCAAGGCUCUGGGCAGCCUCCUACAAGCCAUGGGUGCUGUACCCGGAAACCGCAUGGAUCGCUGGGUCCAGGCCAUCUACUUCGCCGAACUCUACCCCGUCGCCACCGCCACAUCGCUGAAAUUUUCGGCCUUGAACGCGAACCGGUCCGUCGAGAACAUCUUCGAUUACGCCCUUGAAGUGACUCUGUCUCACCAGAGCGCCUCGCGAGCGACUCAUGCCGACAAGAUCGAUCUCGUGGCCUGCGUCACGAGGCUGCUAUCGCCCAUCUCUCCUAUCUGCUUUGAGCCUGGAGUUCCUCUGCCGGACCAUCUUGCGGCUUAUCAACCACAGAUCUUAGGCGUACAACAUUCAUCAAUCCUGCGUAAUGGGGCGGCUCACCAUCGCGUUACGGUUGGGUUCGUCACCGGCGAGGCACGUGACGCGGCGCUCACGACGCCCCCCGCUCUCACUUGGCGAUCGGCGAAGGCCCGCUUCGCGAAGUCUCACAGGUUCCACCAUAACAUGGUCGAGCUUCGAAUCAACGUCGGUGUUCAAGGAGUGCCCUCCAUGGAUGCCAUCAUCAAAUCGUUCCAAUCACUUGUGCAAGACCUGUCAGGCAAGGGACAUUCAUGCCAACUUGUGCAGGUUCUGCGCGUUAUCAGCGUGGACAACGCCUCGGCCUUCGCCCACGUUGCCGGAGACUACUCGGCUUUCCUACACUUCGAUGACGACUCCCUAUUCCAACGCCCCAACACGACCUUGAAGGAGAUUCUACCUUCGAGGAUCGACCUUCCCACUCGAGGCAUCCCGGUUACCGCCCUUCGCCAUGACUAUGAGAAGGAGGCGGCUUGCGGUAGGUGCCACUUUGUGGGUCACGUGGGAACCUGCGGACUGGAUCAGGAGAGGAAGCGGAAGGAGGCUCACAACGGCAUCAUCAACAGCAACAAAAACACCAUCACCCACAACACCAACAUCGCGGAGGCCGAGGCCCCCAUUCCUGUGCUGGUUGUUAACAGGAUCGCAUCACAGAAUCACUUCGCCGGGCUCGAGGUCGAGGAGGGACAGGAGGAAGAGGUAACUGGCCAGGGCGAACAGGGACCGGAGGAAUCGGGGGAGGAAGACGCUGGUGAUAAGGCGGAUGACGAGGACUCGGAGGACUCGGAGAUGGAAUCGGAGGCGGCCGCGAAAACGGAGGUCAUCAAAAUUGAAAGCGAGGACGAGUCGGUCUUGGAGGACUGCAGCGGAUCCGAUGGAGAGGUGAUUGAUGAGAAUGAGGUGAUGGCGGAUGAAAGAGGUGAAACGGAAGGAGAGGUGGCUACGGAGAUGGAGGAAGAGGAGGUGGCGACGGAGGUGGGCGAUGUGGACGAAGCGAGGGGAUCGACGAAAGCGGAGAAUGCGGAAGCGACGGACUUAGGGGAAACGAACAGGCUGGACAAUGACGACGACAGCGACGCCACAGCAACCGCCGCCACCGCUUCCCGCGAAUCGACGCCGCAUGAACCAACCCCACCUCUGUCACCCGAAACUCUCGCCAAGUCGCUACGCGAGGGGGAGGAGUGGGACAGGAUCAGAGCUAACUGGGUUGAGCAGGCACGACUUGAGCGGGACCAAAGCAUCGAGAGGAGGCUCAACGCUGAAACCCCCCCUCUGGUGCGUCACAACUUUGCCACGUGGGACGAGGACGGUGAGAUACGCUCCAUCAACAUCAGGGGGACCGCUGCGAAGUUCAAGAAGCAGGUGAUGAAGAGGUCGCAGACUGCGGCGGACCUCAGUGACCCAAGUGACGAACCGACCGACGCCAAGCGAGUCAUCAUCAAAGGGAAGAGCCGCGUCGUGGUGAAGGAUGGAAUAGAGGGGCGGAGGGUGACGAGGUCGAUGUCGGCGGCAGCGGCGAUGCAGGUCGAGGUGACGAAGGUGGACAGAGGGAAAGGAAGAGGGGUAGCUGAGGAAAAACGAUGGUCCGACCACGAGCCCGAGGACGAUGUCCUGCCCGCCCUUCCCCUCUUUGAGGACGUCACCACCGCCAAGAGCGCCUCGACCUCGACUACCCAUUAAUGAUCAAGCACACCAUCAUCACCUGGAACGUAAGAAGGGGCAUGGGGGUCCCGGAAAAACGACGUAAUAUCUACACCUACCUUUCCACAUUCAAAGCUUCCGCGAUUCUCUUACAAGAGCAUUUCAUCAGACCACAAUUCUGGCAGCUCAUCAAGGACGAGUACGAGGGCAAGCUCUUCAUCAACCAGCACUGCCUGACCCUGAUCCCGGCCGACUCGCCCCUGAUCGACGCCGAGCUCUUGCGCACCCACUCGGCACUCGACGGCCGGCUCCUCGUCACCUCCUUUCGUCUGCGGGGCGACAUCAAAAUUCUAGAAAUCAAUAACCUCUACGCGCCCGUUGACCCAAAACAACGAGCAAAAUUCUUCGACAAACUGAUCCUCCACAAAACACAGAAAUCCCACCUCCGACUCCUUGGCGGCGAUCUCAACGACUGCCCGCGCCCAGAAGUCGAUCGGCGGAACCAAAGUCGGCGCGGCCACCACUGGCCGAUUCUGAUGGGCAAGCUCGACUCGGCCUACACGGACUGCAUCCGCUACAAGCACCCCAUCACCCCAUCUUUCACUCGACCUAAUCCCAAUCGCAAGCGACCCAACUCCUUCUCCCGGCUUGACUACUUUCUCCUACAAAGAGCUCACCAAAAAAGGCUCGACCAGGCCUCGACGAUCUACGACUAUCCCAAGGAUCUUUCCGAUCACCGACCGGUCUUGAUCGUACUAGCUCUCUCAGACGAUCUUGAUGCGGCUCUCCCACAGCUCAGCCUACCUACCACAUCCGACCAACUACAUCGAAUCAAUACCACAACCUUCAAGACGGUGGAAUUUCAGCGGAUGAUGGAAGGAUGGUUGGAAGGGGCAAGCGGGGAGGAUCCGGUGCGAGAGCUUGAGGAGGUUCUGGAGGCGUGCAGGGACAGGGGUGGGGAGAUGGCGAGGAGGCUGCAUCGGGAGCGGACGGAACGGAUGGAGUAUUUGGUGGGGAGGGUGCAGGAUCUGGAGGCGUUACCGGUAUGGGGGGAGGCGGAAACGGCAGAAUGGACAAGGACGUCCGAGGAACUCAAGCGGGCGGUCGAGGAGCGCGCGCGCCUACUCCGGAUCCGAGCCCACGUCCCCGAGAUCGCUUCCGAGGAACGACUGUCGCGGCCGGUCCACGCCAAGCUCGCGGCGCGGAACUCGGACUCCAAGAUCACAGCACUGCGCUUGGGCAACGGAGAGCUAACGCAUGACAUUGAUGUCGCUCUUGACCACACGCAGGCGCAUUUCCAGCGCCUCUACCACAUCGAGCCUCGUGAUCCGGAACGCGUCGACCGACUUCGGGACGAACUCCUCGUGCCGAUCAGGGCGGCACGGACUUGCGACGACCCGCGCUCAGAUCCGCUCUUUCUGCGCCGACUCUCGGAAGCGCAGAUUGAUCUCCUCCAGCAACCCAUCACCGAGGACGAGGUCGUGGCCGCGAUCGGGACGACGCACCCGGGGCGAUCGCCGGGCCCGUCGGGCGUGCCUUACGAACUCUAUCAGACCGCACCGGAGGCGUGGUCCAAGGUGCUGACCAAGGCCUACAACGCGAUGAUCGAGCGCGGUUCACUCUCUCCCAAGCAGGGCCAGGGACUCGUGCGCCUCAUCUUCAAGCGCCACAAGAAGAAUGCCGAUCGCGCCGAACUCUCGUCGUAUCGCCCCAUCACCCUGCGCGAGUGCGAUUACAAGAUUUUUACCAAGGUCUACGUCGCCCGAUUGAACCAAAUUCUGCCCGAUCUCCUCCCGCCGCAGCAGCACGGCUUCGUCAAGGACCGCCGAUCGGCCGACGCUGCACUACACCUUCGUCUCCUGAUCGAGGAACUUGGCGCGCGCAGGACCGAGUUCCCCGCGGCCGCGCUCUUGUCUCUUGACCAAUCAUCCGCCUACGACCUCGUCGAGCAUGACUGGAUCUUUGCCAUCUUCGACGCUCUGGGCGCUCCUACCACCUUUCUUCGCGUGCUGAGGAUGCUCUACUCGGGUGACUCGACCUCGGCGCGCUACAUCAUCAAUGGGUUCCUGACGGCGCCGGUGCGACUGACGUGUGGGCUCGGCCAAGGGGACCCGGCGUCAUCGUCGGUCUGGGACAUCGUGUUUCAGCCGUUCCUGGAUGCUCUACACCGUCGAAACAUCGCGCUGAAUCUCUCCAUACCUGCACUUCAUCCGUACCCACAGAGCCGCGCCAUUACAUCACUUGCAUUUGCCGAUGACGUUGUCGUCGCCGUCGCGGGCUUGGAGUCACUCAACUUGCUCGAUGACCUGGCGCUCGACUGGAGGCAUGCAACGAAUGGCCGGCUCAACACGGACAAGACGGUCGUCCUACCGAUUGGACGUCGCUGGGACCCUGGGGAACGGCCAAUCGUCGUCAAGGCCGCAGGCGAGUCGCUCGAGUGGAUCGGCCUCCCCUUCGACCCCAGCGGCGACACCGAACUCGCCUACGCGAAUCUCAUCGAACGGCUCGAGGCGACGCUGGAAGCGGUUCAGCAUCGCUGGCUCACGCACCACACCCGUGCCUUUUACGUCAAUCGGUACGCCAUUCCCAAGAUCCUGCAUUUCCUUGCAGCCGACAUCCCGCCGCCCGAAGUCGUCAAGAAGCUCGAUGACAUGCUCGUCGAUUUCGUCCGUGGGGGCAAGGGCAGGACCAGCUACGGCAGAGACAUUGUGUUCACCGCCAAGAACAAGGGGGGACUCGGGGUGAUAAGGAUGCGGGACGUUGUGGACGCGGUUGCGGCACGGCUCUGGGACGUUCUUCUCGGCGGUUCCGGCGCGAUUUGGCAAGGACUUGCGCGCGCAUCACUCCAGCGAGCUCAGCCCGACCUCGACCUGGCCACCGAUCUCUGGCCACAUCCAUCUACUCCCAUCCCCAACGACCUUCAUCCCCGAUGGCACGCCGCACUGGGCGUUCCGAAACUUCACGACGCGCAGGUCAACCCGAGGGCCUUGACCACCGCGAACUUGCUCGCGCUGCCCACCCUGCUCGGCAGCCUCCACACCCCCAUCAGAGGGAGACAGACCAUCGACGCGGUUCAUGUACCUGACUACCUUCGUCUCCAGGGCUACCCGAAGGUGGCGGAUCUCUAUCGACGCGAGUUGUAUGCGGGUGGGGGGUUUCACCUCUGGACGCCGCCGGCGGAUGUGCUCGGCGACAACAGCGAGUACGAUCGACGCGGGCUCCCGCAGCGACUGGCAAUCGCGGCCUGGUACCGGUUCACUGUCGAUCGACACAAGAACACCCCCUUGGCGGCGGCGGUGGCGGCGGGACGACUCAACGUGCCUCCCCGGAUCGGCACCAGCGCACCGCUCGAGGCGAUCAUCCCCAAGCCCGUGGCCCGCUUCGCAAUGGAGCAGCGCCUUCCGGACCCGGUGCUUCCACAACAGGCGAGCCAGUAUACGCUGCUGAACAUGGCUCGCCCCUACACAGUCCGUCGCAUCCGCCGGGUCCUGAACGCGAAGGCAUUUACCAACAUGCUCGGGCUCAAGGGACCACCGCAGCCGGACGACCUCAGGAGCUUCUGGAAGGCAGUCAACUCGAAGGCACUGACAGCGAGGGAGAGGGAAGUUUGGUUCAAGCUGAUCCUCCGCUUCACCCCGACGCGCAAGCUCCAGCACGAGCAAAAGCACGACACUUCUCCCGCGUGCCUCGUCUGCGAAGCGCCGGUGGACGACACCGAUCACUACUUCUUCGGCUGCUUCGACUCGCGAAACGUCUGGAUCGCGGCGAGGGGCGUGCUCUGCGACGCGCUCGGAUGCGACACGAUCGAGGACGCCGAGUACACGACGCUUCAACGACUCUUUGGCCUCCCCAAGCUCAAGGCCAAGCUCAGCGCACAGGAAGGCGCGGGCAGGACGAUCGAGAUCUUCACGGGGAUGGUUUUGGAGAUGAUCAGCAGUGGGAGAUGGAGGAUGCAGAAGCACGGGACGAGGAUGGAAAGCGUGGAGAGGAGGAGGGUGGUACUGGAGGAGAGGAUGAAGUUGAGGGCGGGAGGAGCAAGAGGCAGGCGAGGGCAGUAGAGGCUAGGUUCGAUUUCCCCCCACCCCAUCCCACACUCACACACCCCACAUCACACAUCCUCUUACAAAAACUGUAUACUAAAUAUAUUUUCUUCAUCUUUCUUUCUUUUAUUACAGGUCUGCCUCCGUUGCUCAUGGACCGGCUCGCGAUUUGGGAUUGACUCGACGGUGGCUCGCGCUCUCUGGCUUCGGGGUUCUGAGUGUAAGGGAGGGAUCAGCAGACACAGGCAGAAAGUCGGCUUUGAGGGGCCAGGGACUGCUGAGGUGGAGGUUUUGAGGGGCCUCCACCGCGUCUUGUUGUGACCGAGCAUAGACUUGGGAUUUCGCGGGUCAGGGUAGCUGCGCAGUCGCUCUCCUGUCUUUGUCUCGACCGAGUUGGGAAGUGGGUGCGGGGUGGGCCUCUUGUCGUUAGUACGCCAGUUCUUUUUCAUUUUCUCUCUCUCUCCUUCUCUCUCUCAUUCGUCUCCUGGGGGGGAGCAACCGCUUGGCUGGGGCACUUGAAUCCGAAGUAUCGGAUUGGUGGACUUGGCCCGUUUCUCGCAUCUUGCGGGCGGUUUGUGUUAUCAUCGUCGACUUCCAUCUAGUUUUUCCGUAGGCCAAUCAGGGGGAACAGGAAUUGGGGGCAAUAUGAUGAACGGUUUCUACAAAAAAAAAAAAAAGCGUGUUUGCGCAGAUCGCGGACCUGUACUGGAGGGACGAAGGGAAGGGAUGGGCUCUGGUUGGUCAUCGACGCGGGUUCUGGCAGCACUCUAAGGAACCCGCCCUACAGCACGAGCACGUGUGGUCGCGCGUGGGUCAGUUGCUCAAGGCGAAAGCGUUGCUGCCCAAGACCGCGUUGCGACCUGCUCGGAUACCUCUCAAGGAGGCUCCCCGUCCUCGGUGCUUCAACUUCUUUGGGCUCUCCCGACCUUUUACGAUUCGCAAGCUUCGUCGGCUUGUGAACAAGGUGCGGUUCCCAGGGAGGGAGGACCGUGUCAAGCGUUUCCCUGAUGGGACUUCUCAGAGCGAUAGGAAGCGCUUCUGGAGAUGGCUUCAUGACCGGUUCGCGUCUGCUGUCGAGCAGGACACCCACUGGCGGCUCAUGUACGACGUGACGCCGACGCGCAAGAGGCAGCAUACUCAGGGUCAUGCCUCUUCGCCGACGUGUCUGUUCUGCGGCAACGAUGCAGCGGUCAUCGAGACGGUGUCCCACUACUUUUUCGAGUGCGCGUACUCGACCAGCUUCUGGGGUGGGGUGCUACGCAUUCUGCUUGACAAGCUCGGCAUCGAGGAUACCGACGUCGAUCCGUCGACGUUCACUCCGGAGCAGCUGACUAUGGGGCUCCCCCUUUUGCGGGGUCGUGGGAGAACGACCUCGAAAUGGAUGUGGGUUCGGCUGGCCUGCGCGAUCGGCUUCCAGCGGCUGCACCUGCUCCGCUGGCGCGUUCAUCAGCGGUUCGAGCUGGACAACGUCGUGGCCCCUCCCUCGCUUCCCAGUGCGCUCAGAGCGUUCGAGCGAGAUUUUCUCUCUCGAGCGGGUUUUGUGCCUGGGGUUCGAGAUUGGGAGGUGUGAUGACCGAGUUAAGUCCUUCCUUCCCAUUUUCCUCCCCUCCUUUCCUCCCUUCCUUUUCGGUCAGAAGCUGACUGUCUUGAAACUUGUUGCGCAGUGGAAGGCUGCGCACCUCUCCCUCUCUCUACUUUGUGCAGUAGCGGUUUUCGUUCUUGGAUGGAUCGGCAAGCCGGGUCGAUCGUCGUUGCGUUGGAGGCUUUGUGAAGUUCUCCCCCCUCUUUCCCCCCCCUUUUUUUUCCCUUCCCUUCCUCUUCUCUUUCCUGUUGCUCGGUUGUUGACUACGCUUCAGCCACUUCUCCUUUUAUUCCUAAGCCGUGUGUUGGAUUCCGUCGAAUAGAUCGUUCGUUCGCGUUGGUCAAGAUCUACGGCAUGGAUCGGGAAGAAAGGUCGCUCGUUUUUUUGGUCAAUAUCCUCGCGUCAAGGCGAGGCUUGUUUCGUUGUAUUGGAUCGUUUUCGCUCGGCCCGACGGCUCAACAGCCAGCACUCGAGACUCAGCCAAGGGAGGACAUCAGGCGCUGUCGGGGUGACGAGUAG